AUGGGAGUUCCUGGAAAAAUUCUCUGUGUCUUGAUGCUGCUACUGCACAGCAGUAUUCAGCAACAAGUCUUUAAUGAUGAGGAAACACUCCAUCUCCCUGCAAACUAUACAAUUGGCUGGAUGGAAACUCUGGAUGAUGAAAAGUUAAUUUCUGACAUCACUCUUCCUGGUACCCAUGAGAGCUUGGCCCUUCAUGGAGGAUUCAUAGCAAAAUGUCAGGCUUGGUCUCUAGAGGAUCAGCUAAAGGCCGGGAUACGCUUCUUUGACUUCAGAGUAUUUCCACUUGGGAAAAAUUUGCUAAUUAUGCAUGGACCAAUUUACCAAUAUGCAACUUUAAAAAAUGCUCUCGAGACAAUUAAGACAUUUUUAUCUAAAUAUAAAUCUGAAACAGUGUUGGUCAGAGUUAAGCCUGUUCUUUUUUUAAAGAACAAAGUUCCACUUUUAGUUGAAAAUAUGGCUAAAAAUUACCCUGACUGCUGGACUGAAGAAACAAUACCAAACAUUGGUCAAGUAAGAGGAAAGAUUGUAUUUGUUCAGAAAAAUGCCAUUCGGCUGGGUAUCCGUCUAUAUGAAACUGAUAAACAUAAUGACUAUAUAGUGACUAAUGUUGAAAAAAAAAAAGAAACAAUUAUUAAGCAUCUGAAUGACACUACAUAUGAACAGUAUAGAGCUGGUUGUGUUGUUUUGAACUAUUCAAGUGGCACAGGCAUACCUAGAUUGAGUCUAGAUAUAAACCCCAAAAGCUUGGCAAAGCAAAUCAACCCUUGGCUGUAUAAACAUCUCGAUAAUGAAUCAAAGAAAACCAAUCCCAAGCCUUGUUUUGGGGUGAUAGCCAUGGACUUUCCAGGCUUGGAUUUGAUUAAAAAGGUCACUGAAUUCAAUUAGUAG